CCUCUACUACUCACAAUACAUUUACUCAACGAGUGGAUACACAGCCCAUAAUUUCUAAACAAAAAAAAGAAAAAAAACAAAAAGAAAACCCAGCUGGUGUGUAUACUAAUCCAAUGAAUAUUGAAAGGACUAGUACUUUUCCUUUAUGUGAAAAAGUUUCAAGUAAGAAUUUUGUGAAGAACUUGUUCCAUAUCAUAUUCUUCUUCCUCCUGCUCUCACUUCCUGUUUAUCGAAUCCUCUCUCACCAAAACCAUGAUACCUUUUGGCACCUGGCCUUACUAUGCGAGCUGUGGUUUGCCUUCUAUUGGGUUCUCAUCAUCAGCAUCAAAUGGAAUCCUGUUCACUACAAAACCUACCCUGAGCGACUCUUAAAAUGGAGGGGUGAGCUUCCUUCGGUGGACAUGUUUGUGACAACGGCGGAUGCAGUGUUAGAACCGGCUAUUCUGACCAUAAACACUGUCCUAUCUUUGUUAGCAGUGGAUUAUCCAACUCACAAGCUAGCUUGCUAUGUGUCCGACGAUGGAUGCUCUCCUAUUAUCCUUUACUCUCUUAUGGAAGCAUCAAAGUUUGCUAAGCUUUGGGUUCCAUUUUGUAAGAAGUACAAUAUUCAAGUUAGAGCUCCUUUUAGAUACUUCUACAACAGUGAUGCUUCCUCGUUCGAUCAUCAUAGUAAUAAGUACUCGAAGGAUUUUCAACAAGAGUGGAUAAAUAUGAAGGAUGAGUAUGAGCAGUUAAGCUGCAAAAUUGAGGCUGCUGUGGAAAAAUCAGUUCCAGAUGAUCUUAUCGUUGAUUUUGAAAACUUUCUGAACACGCAACGAAAUAAUCAUCCAACUAUAAUCAAGGUAAUAUGGGAGAAUAAACAAGUUACUACAGAUGAAUUGCCACAUUUAGUUUAUAUUUCCAGAGAGAAGCGACCAAAGCAUCCACAUCACUACAAGGCCGGUGCCAUGAAUGUUUUGACAAGGAUUUCAGGAAUGAUGACAAAUGCUCCGUUCAUGCUGAAUGUUGAUUGUGACAUGUUUGUGAACGAUCCAAAUGUUGUUUUGAGUGCAAUGUGCUUGCUAUCAGGUCCCAAACCUCGAAACGACAUCGCAUUUGUUCAAUUUCCACAAGUUUUUUAUGAUAGACUUAAGGAUGACCCAUUUGGAAAUCAAAUGAUCGUUAUGUUUGAGUACAUGGCCAAGGGAAUAACAGGACUUCAAGGACCAUGUUACGGGGGAACUGGAUGUUUCCAUAGGCGAAAAAUCAUAUACGGUCUAUCACCGGACGACACAGAACAUAUUGACGCUGAACAAGAUGAAGGGUUGCUGAUAAAACGAUUUGGAAACUCAAAAGAGUUUGCUAGAGCAGCUACCAAUGCUUUGAAAGGAAAUUAUAUAGUAGCUUCUGAAAUAAGGCUUCAAACAUCUGUGGAGACUGCAUAUCAAGUUGCAAGCUGCAGUUACGAGAAAGACACUAGCUGGGGUACAAAGAUUGGGUGGACGUAUGGAUCAACAACAGAAGAUAUCAACACUGGAUUGAGUAUCCAUAAGAAAGGUUGGAGAUCUGCUCUAUGUGUGCCAGACCCACCAGCUUUUCUUGGAUGCGCACCUACUAACGGGCCUAGUUCUAUGAUUCAACAGAAAAGGUGGGCCACAGGCCUGCUAGAAGUCCUAUUGAGCAAAAACUGCCCCAUUUUCGUCUCUCUAUUCGGCAAACUUCAACUCAGACAGGGCUUGGCCUACCUUUGGAUUCUCCUUUGGGGAUUAUGCUCCAUUCCCGAGCUUUGCUAUUCUCUUGUGCUAGCCUAUUCUAUUAUCGCCAACUCUCAGUUAUAUCCUAAGACCCAAGAACCAGCAUUCAUCAUUCCAAUCGCGAUAUUUGGGUUGUACAAUCUAUAUACAAUAUUAGAGUACUUUGUCACUGGACAAUCAAUCAGAGCGUGGUGGAACAAUCAGAGAAUGAUAAGAAUAAUCUCAAUGGGCCCUUGGAUUCUGGGAGUAAUUGGUGUGGUACUAAAGCUUUUAGGAAUUUCGGAUACGGUGUUUGAAGUGACCAAAAAAGACCAAUCAACUUCAGGUGGUACUUCUACUACUGAUCAUAAUGAUGUUAACGCCAAUGUUGGCACAUUCACGUUCGACGAAUCACUGGUAUUUGUGCCAGUCACAGCCCUAUUAUUGGUCCAACUCAUAGCGUUGGCUAUGGCAUUUCUGAGGCUGCAACCGCCAGUUCGCAGUGGUGGUCCCGGCUCUGGGGUUUUGGAGGUCUUUUGCAGCUUGUGGUUGGUAUUGUGCUUGUGGACUAUUUUGAAAGGGUUGUUUGGGAAAGGGAAGUAUGGCAUUCCCUUCUCCACCAUUUUCAAGUCUAUCGCUUUGGCAUUGCUUUUUGUAGCCUUUUGUAAAAUAGGACAAAAAUAUUGAUUACCAGGUCAAUUCCCCCUCCUUCGUUAUAUGUAUUGUCUUUUCCUACGUUAUAUCUAUAAUUAUUCAUGGUUAAUUAUAUAUAA